AUGACUAGCACUUCCCAAACCAAUAUUAGUGAGGCGACAGUUGCAGUAGUGGUAAUGGGUGUAGUAACAGCAGUUGAAGCAAAAGAUGAUGGCGAUGUUGUAGGAGAAGUAGUGGUAGAGGUGGAUGAAAAGGAUGAUGAUGAACUUUAA